UUAUCCACUUCAGUUUACGGUUUCCAGAAGUUCCUCUCGCUCCGCAACCAAAAAACCCCCCACCUUACCCUGCGGCCUCGCAAAACCCUCUUCCCCUCUACUUCCCUCUCUCUCGCACGCAACUCCAGCUCCGCCGCAUGUUUGUUUUAAGCUUUAUCCCCAGCCACUGAAGCCAGUGACUCCGCGACGCAACGAGACGAGACGAGACGAGACGAUGACCUCUGUCACAUCCGUCGAAUUGAAUUACCUCGUCUUUCGUUACCUUCAAGAGUCAGGAUUCACACAUUCAGCAUUUGCUUUAGGAUAUGAGGCAAGUAUCAACAAGUGCCCCAUUGAUGGCAAUUUGGUUCCACCUGGUGCUCUUAUUACAUUUGUACAAAAAGGACUUCAGUACUUGGAGAUGGAAGCAAACUUGACUUGUCAGAGCGACCCAGAAUUGGAUGAAGAUUUCUCAUUCUUACAACCUUUGGAUCUUAUCACAAAGGAUGUUUAUGAACUACGGCAAAUCAUAAAAGAAAAAAGGAAAAAUCUACAAAAGGAUGGAGAUAAAGAUAAAGAUAAAGAGCUUGAUCUAGAACACGAAGGAGAACGCAGACGAAUAAGGGAUAAAGAAAGACAUGAAAGGGAGAAAGAACGCGAAAAGGAAAAGGAUAAAGAGAGGGCGGAAAAGGACAUGGAGAGAGAAAAGCAGCCCGAGGAUCACACCGACAGAGAAAUGGUUACAGAUCAAGAAGAUAAAGUGAAUUUAAAACAUAAAGAUAAUGGAGUAUUUGUAGGACCAGAACCAAUGGAUAUCUCCACUACCUCAACUACUCAGCCGUGUGAAAUCCCUAGUUCUGAUGUGACAAUUUUGGAAGGACAUACUUCAGAGGUUUGUGCUUGUGCAUGGAGUCCAACAGGUUCUCUUCUUGCGUCAGGAUCUGGAGAUUCGACAGCUCGUAUAUGGACAAUAGUGGAUGGUAGCUCAAGAUCUGGUUCUAAUGGUCCUUCGAACGUGCUGGUGCUGAAACAUGUUAAGGGUAGAACAAAUGAGAAGAGUAAAGAUGUUACAACACUUGAUUGGAAUGGGGAGGGGACGCUACUUGCCACAGGUUCGUAUGAUGGGCAAGCAAGAAUUUGGAGUACAAAUGGUGAAUUAAGGAGUACUCUUAGCAAACAUAAAGGACCCAUAUUCUCUCUAAAGUGGAACAAGAAGGGUGAUUAUCUUCUUACCGGUAGCUGUGAUAAAACUGCAAUUGUUUGGGAUGCAAAGGCAGAAGAGUGGAAACAACAAUUUGAAUUUCAUUCAGGUCCAACACUUGAUGUUGAUUGGCGCAACAAUGUUUCAUUUGCAACAAGUUCCACAGACAAUAUGAUAUAUGUUUGCAAGAUUGGAGAAAACCGCCCUAUCAAAACUUUUGCUGGUCAUCAGGGUGAAGUUAACUGUGUCAAAUGGGAUCCGACAGGUUCUUUAUUGGCCUCCUGCUCUGAUGAUAUCACUGCAAAGAUAUGGAGUAUGAAGCAGGAUAAGUUUGUUCAUGAUUUAAGGGAGCAUGCUAAGGAGAUAUAUACCAUCAGAUGGAGCCCCACUGGACCAGGGACGAGCAACCCUAACCAGCAGUUAGUAUUGGCUAGUGCAUCAUUUGACUCAACUGUGAAGCUAUGGGAUGUGGAACUUGGGAAACUUCUGUACAGCUUGAACGGACACAGGGAUCCAGUAUAUUCCGUUGCAUUUAGCCCAAAUGGUGAGUAUUUGGUAAGUGGAUCUCUUGAUAGAUCCAUGCACAUCUGGUCUUUGAAGGAAGGCAAGAUUGUUAAGACGUACACUGGCAAUGGAGGCAUAUUUGAAGUCUGCUGGAACAAGGAAGGUGAUAAGAUUGCUGCAUGUUUCGCCAACAAUACAGUUUGUGUUUUGGAUUUCAGAAUGUAAGGCCUUAAAAGUAUGCCCUACAAUCUCUCCAGUUUGCUUCUGGGCGCUUCCUGGUCUGCGAAGCCUAUGAUUUCAGGACUGAUAAUUAGCUAUGUAGUUGAUCUUCAAAUUUUAGCCGUAGAGAUGAUAAUUUAGAUGGGGAUGGGGGAAAACUGUAUUUUGGCUGGGUAGGCUAUGCGUUUUAACCAUAGAUCAGGCAUUUACUCACUUAUUUUGAUAACCUUUGUAACUCGUGUACUUUAUUGUCAAACUGGCAUUUACUGCAUUGUAACCGAUUAUGUACAGAAUUGUUUGGAUUGGAUCUAUAGAGUCCAUGAUGAUUUCUAGUUUA